GCGCGAGGCGCGGAGCGAGAGAGGGAGUGUAACUGACGGAGGAGGAAAAAAUAAAAUCAUCAACGUUUAGAGCAAUAUAUAUAUUUACACAGCACGAACACUAUGGCUGACCAGUUAACAGAAGAACAAAUUGCUGAGUUCAAGGAGGCCUUUUCCCUUUUUGACAAGGAUGGCGAUGGUACUAUUACUACAAAAGAGCUGGGUACGGUGAUGAGAUCACUUGGGCAGAAUCCAACUGAAGCUGAACUACAGGAUAUGAUCAAUGAGGUGGAUGCUGAUGGAAAUGGAACAAUUGAUUUUCCGGAGUUUCUCACGAUGAUGGCUAGAAAAAUGAAAGACACGGAUAGUGAAGAAGAAAUUAGGGAAGCUUUCAGAGUCUUUGACAAGGAUGGAAAUGGCUACAUUAGUGCAGCAGAGCUGCGCCACGUCAUGACCAAUUUGGGGGAGAAGCUAACAGAUGAAGAAGUGGAUGAAAUGAUCAGAGAAGCAGAUAUAGAUGGUGAUGGACAGGUCAACUAUGAAGAGUUUGUACAGAUGAUGACUGCAAAGUGAAAUGGCUUCAAACUGUCCCCAGUUUGCAUUGUAAAAAUUAAAAAAAAAAAAAAAAAAGAACUUUGGCUUUCAUCAGCUUGCCCCUUUAUUUUAUGUCUUCUAGUUUCCUUUUCCCCUUUUCUUUUCUUUUCUUUUUCUCCCUCUUCUUUACUCUUCGGUGAUUUAUUGCUGCUCUCUCCUGGCCUGUGUAGCUGUGUUACAACUAACCCCUUUCAGCAUGCCAUUGUCACAAGUGUUUGGCUGUGAAAUUAAAAAAGAAAAAAAAAUUGACGUCACAAGGAGAUAUGCAUGCUUCCCUCAUCCUACAGAAUAUACUUCUUGUGGAAAUAUUGUCUUGCAAUGAAGAUAGUUGUAACUUGCCAUGCAGGGAUAGAAAUCAAAUGCUGAUUUUUAUGGCCUCAGAUGGACAUCUCUUUGGUUUAAAGCCUUUGGAAUUGUUUGCUUCAUUACUGACUUAUUUCUGGCGUGGCUUACCUACAGACCAUAGCCACAGAAAAAGGAGUCUGGUACACAGAUAAAUAACUGAAUGUUUGUAUGUGUAUACGUUUUGGUGGUAUCACUGAAGCAACACUUAAGAUUUGAUCAAAGUGCAUCAGCAGUUCAACUUGUGAAUGGCAAUAGUUUUAAAUAUUAUUGUCUUAAAGAUUUAUGUGAAUUUGACAAUAUUAUGUUACCUUGUUGCAUGCCAAAUACCAAAUUUAAAAAUAAAUGCAAAGAGUGCUUCUUUGCUGCUGUUUGUUUUCCAGGUGAUGCAGUUGAAAUAAUGUACCUUGCCAUGAGAAUCAGGGUGGUUUUUGUAAUAAAAUGGUCUUAAAUUUCCAUCCCUGCAGCAAUAUUAUUAAAAUAUGUACUUAACUGCAACAAAAUUCUGCAGAUGUAAUCAUAAUGUAUACAAACUGUUUACUAUAGCAGACUGCAUCUAUUUACACAGUUGCCUUCUUGUAUUUGUACUUGCUAUUUUUUUAUUUUUUAUUUUUUUUUUUUACCUUUUAGUUUUAUUUUGAUAUUGUGAGCGUGUUGAUUUCUAUAUAUUCCUAGCAGCUUUAUUCUUUCCCUUAUACCUGUAACUUAACCCAUUCUUCCAACCAUCUUCCUUUGUCACUCAGUCCACAUUGGUUUCUGAGACAGAGGAGGGACAAAAAUGCUUCAACUCCAUUCCAGUUUUCUGUACUGUUUUGUUCUCAAUAAACUUGACGUGUUUUUAACA